AUGGCCCCCGCAAAGAUGCCCCUUCGAGCGGACGAAGAGAUGGGAAAGAAGGAUGACGAUCACCGUCCCCCGGGCGAAGCGCGCUUUCUACCUCUGCGACAUCGAAAUAUUACUAGGCCUCGUCGUGUUCUCUUCGCCUUGCUUGGAUUAUUCCUUCUGUAUGAGUUCUUCAAGCACAUGCCAACAGACUUAGCACCCGCUGCUGAUCGAUACAACCCUUCGGCUGCAAAGUUACGACAGGAGACACUUGCGCAAUUGGUUGGUUCAGAGCAACCGCGCCCAGCUCCUAAGACAGAGACUGAGCCCAAGCCCAAGGUAUUGGAGCCAGAGGGCAAGGGUGUAUUUUACGAUGGCGAGGUCAAGUUCUACGAGUUAGCGCAGUCCCUCCCUCGCAAGAAGUACUCGAAAGACACAGCCAGCCGGGUAGUUGUGUUUGCCGCAUCGAGUCUACGCAGCGUGUCAGAUAUGUUGCCUCUUGCGUGUCGGAUGGCAGGUCAGCGCCUGAACUACGUCCAUUUCGUUCUAAUGGGCAAAGAGGAAAUCUCGAUACAAGGAAUUAAACAGGUUAAUGGCAUCAGAGAUAAUGAAUGCCCACUGGUAUGGCAUGAUGGUCGGCCAGACCACGCGCCUCAGUCCAGCGAUUUCCGGAUGGAACGAUCCGUCGUGGGAGGCUUACGACUCCUCCAGGCAUAUAUUCGACCAGAGGUUAUAAUCACACAAGGCAGGAGUUUGGAAGACGACUUCUUUUUGAAAGGCGUGCAGACUCAUUCUCGUGAGAAUGGCACUCCUCACAUUAGUCUUACCUCUGCAGCAAAGGAUCUUCUGUGGAUAGCAUUCCUGGAUUCCACAGCUCUUCAAUCAUGGAAUGAGCUACAGAUUGAAAUGGUUGUCCAUGCACCGUCUCAGUCAUCUGGUUCUGUGAUUCGACUUGUGGAGUCAUUGAAUGCAGCCGAUUAUCUGGGAUCUGUCCCCAGACUGACAAUUGAGCUUCCUUCGCUGGUGGAUCCGCAGUUGCUCCAGUUCCUCCAACAUUUGGAUGGGCUGACCCAGCUUGCAGAUCGUAUCACUCUUCGGCGACGCAUUCAGCCGCAUUUCAUGGAUCCCGUGGAGUCUUCGCUCCGCACAGUGGAAUCAUUCUACCCGCGAGAUCCAAACGUCACCCAUUUGCUUCUGCUAUCACCGCAGACAGAGCUAGCGCCGUCGUUCUAUCAUUACCUAAAGUACGCUGCGUUGAACUACAAACAGUCUGCCCAUGCCAAGCGCGUGUUUUCCAAAAUGAUCGGAGUUGCACUGGAGUUGCCCUCUUCCAAACCCACUACUGGCAGCGAGUCAUUCACUCCACCGGUCAUGAGCGGUACAAACCGAGAUCAGUUCCUCUCCUCGUUCCUCUGGCAGGCCCCAAAUAGUAACGCGGCUUUGUACUUUGGAAACGCAUGGGCCGAGUUCCAUACUUUCUUGUUUAAUCGUCUGUCGACGCCAGAAUCCGCCAAGGCCUCUCAUGAAAAGUUGAUAUCGGAAAAGUAUCCCGCCUUCAUGGAGCAUUUGCUUGAGAUGAUUCGUGCCAAGGGGUAUUAUCUCCUUUAUCCCUCAUUCCCAGGUACCAAAACAGCUCCCAUUGCGACGGUACACAAUGAGCUAUACCAACCACCAGAAGAAUUUGCUCAUAGUGCGAGCCUUUCUAGCUCCGAUAAUAAGGACAUUCAAGAUAUUGAUGAUCCUACAAAACCGCUUUCGGGCGACUUUACCGCUGGACUGCGGUCUGUUGAGAAACCCUUGAACCGCGCAUCAACCAUCAUGCCUCUCCUUGACCUUUUCUCAGCCGGUCUUCCAGAUCUUGAUGUUCUGCCUCUGCUUGCAUACGAUGGCGAAGAGAUGACAAACGCUGCAUAUAAUGAACAGACGGAAGAAUAUGCCAAGCAGUUUCGUAUUCACUACGGAGGUUGUACCGAGAAUACUGAUCCUUCGCAGGAGUUGUUUUGUGUUGGAGAGUCUCUGGGUGCAAUCUGA